CGUCAUGAGACUGUUGUAGUGUAGUUUAUCCGGAAAGAUGAAGUUCUCACUGCUGUGUCUUGGGUUAUUGUGUGUUUUUGUUUCUCUAAGUUAUUCUAAAGAAACUAUUCAGACAUUCGUCAUCCCUCACAGUCACAUGGAUGUCGGAUGGGUGUACACAGUGCAGGAGAGUAUGCAUGCCUACGCAUCGAACGUGUACACUACUGUUGUUGAGGAACUAACAAGGGAUAAGAGUCGCAAGUUUAUUGCAGUUGAGCAAGAAUUCUUCCGACUUUGGUGGGAUGGCACAGCAUCUCAAUGGCACAAGAAACAGGUGAGACAGCUUUUGCAGGAAGGUCGUCUCGAGUUCAUCAUUGGAGGUCAGGUGAUGCAUGACGAGGCAGUGACGGAUAUUGACGAUGCCAUCCUUCAGCUCACAGAGGGACAUGGGUUCUUAUAUGAAACAUUUGGUGUCAGGCCUCGCUUCUCCUGGCAUGUCGAUCCCUUUGGCGCCUCUGCCAGCACUCCGGUCCUUUUUGCCCUGGCUGGAUUUGACGCUCAUCUGAUCUCUCGUAUUGACUACAACCUAAAAGACGACAUGCAGAAGAGCAAGAGACUGCAAUUUGUGUGGAGAGGGUCAUUUUCACUUGGGGAGUCCCAGGAGAUUUUCACACACACAAUGGACCAGUACAGUUACUGCACACCAUCAUAUCUCCCCUUCUCAAAUAAGUCAGGGUUUUAUUGGAAUGGAGUUGCUUUAUUUCCAGACCCACCUAAAGAUGGCAUAUAUCCCAACAUGAGCCUACCAGUUACAAAGGACACUUUGGAGCCCUAUGCCCAAACCAUGGUGAACAACAUUAAACAAAGAGCUGAGUGGUUCCAGACCAACCAUGUUCUCUGGCCUUGGGGAUGUGACAAGCAGUUCUACAAUGCCUCAGUGCAGUUCACAAAUAUGGACGUGCUAAUGAAUUAUAUCAACCAGCAUAGCAAGGAGUUCGGCGUGACUGUUCAGUAUGCCACACUUAAAGACUACUUCCAAGCUUUGUACCAAUCAAAUAUGUCCUGGGCGGUGAGGGGAAGCCAAGACUUUCUCCCCUAUUCCACUGAACAAUUUCAGGCAUGGACAGGGUUCUAUGCCUCAAGAAAUGUCCUGAAAGGAGUUGCACGGAGAGCGAGUUCCCUUUCCAAUGCUGCGGAGUCUUUGUUUGUGCGGUACCGGAUCAAGUACCCAGAUGGCCCUGUCCAGAAAGAGUGGGCCAUGGACAAACUCAAAGCCAUCAGAUGGGCUGUCUCUGAGGUUCAGCAUCAUGAUGGCAUUACAGGAACAGAAUCACCAAAAGUAGCUGAUAUGUACAUGGAUCACCUCCUGCAAGGUAUGAUGGGAGUGCAGGAACUCUUGGCAGCCUUGUUUCUUCUGCCUCAAAAUCCUGGUAGUCCUAUCGACUCAUUUGGUCCAGAGUUGUCAGAGGAGCUUGAGCAGCACAUCAUUGUGUACAACCCACUUGCAUGGAACAUUACAACAUACAUCAACAUUUCUGUAAAAUAUCCAAUGGCCCUUGUGUUUGAUGAUGACGGCAAGGCAGUUCCUGCUCAGAUCCAGCAGUCUGCAGAGACACCAGACGCCUAUGACCUUUUCAUUGUGGUGGAACUGGGUGGACUUCAGUAUAGAAAGUACCUCAUCCAGUUUCCACAGUCAAAGUGCAUCACUGGUUCUACCUGUGGACUCACUCACGCAGCGCGGGUGGUGAAGUUUAAGAGACGCAAUGUUAGUGAGUGGAAGAAAACAGGGAGAAAGCUCUUGCCUGUGCUGAACGACUGCUACACACUGCUGUUCGACCAGGAGACUAAUCUCUUGCAUAGUAUAAAACUGAGGCAUGAGACAAUGACAGUUAAGGUACAGCAAGACUUUUGGGAAUACAAGGCAAAUGGAGAUGUCCAUGUCGGACCUAUCUCCGAUAACUAUAUCUUUACAGCUAACGAUGCUGUUCCAGGAUACAAAUCUGUCUCGAUGCGAAUAAUUCCAGGGAAAAUCAUUUCUGAAAUCCGUCAGUUUUUCUACAGGGAGGAAUCUGAUAAGAACCACACUUGGUCAGUGAUCACUCGGGUGCCGGUGGGUUUCAAAGACGACUUAUUAUGCCAGAGACUGGAUCAGAGCUAUGCAGUAGGCCCCCUACUGGUGAACAGAGAAGCUGUGCUCAGGACUAUCACAAGUCUGAGUAACAACAGGACAAUAUAUACUGACAAUAAUGGCUACCAGAUGAUGAAGAGGGACUACAAGAAGUAUAUUGAAAAUACAUUAUCCCGAAACUAUUACCCUAUGGUUCGUGGAGCAUACAUCGAAGAUAACGACAGCAGAUUGGUGCUAAUCAGCGAGAGGGCGCAUGGGGUGGCUAGUCUCAGCCAAGGCCAGAUAGAGGUUAUGCUUCACAGGCGGCUUUGGAACAACCAGGAGUGGAAUCUGGGAUAUAAUCUGACCCUGAAUGAUUCCUCAGUGGUGCAGCCAGUUCUAUGGAUGAUGGUCGGCUCUCCUGGUACAAUGGCUUCUCUCUAUCAGCGAGCAGCAGUACAACUACAGCAUAGACCUGUGGUUUUGGCUAUCGACAAACCAGAGAAACCAUGGCAUAAGAAAGAGCACUGGAAUGGACCCAAAGUCCAGCCUGUAGUUUUACCUCAGAAUCUCCACCUUCAGUAUCUCAGUAUUCCUGGUUGGAACUACAACCAAAAACACACCCAGCACCUUCAGGAUCUCAACUCUGGUAAAGAAAAAACUUCCAAAUCAGACUUUGACUUGGUUCUUUUGAGGAUUACUCAUUUGUAUGAGAAAGGAGAGGAUCCUGUUCUGUCCAAACCUACCACCAUCAACCUAAAGGAAGUUCUGCAGGGCAUAGGGGAACUGAAGGAAAUGCAGGAACGUUCCCUUACAGGAACCUGGGACAUUGCAGACCUCCAGAGAUGGCGCUGGGGGACGACUGAAAAGCCACAUAACACAAAAAGUACCGGCUCUUUUAGGAGUGUGACCAAGGACUUCAGCGUGACCGUAUCGCCAAAGGAGAUCAGAACUUUCUUUCUUAACUUUAAAUAGUUGUUAGACUUGUUUCAUGACUCACUGGUAAGAUGAGUUACAUCAAAAAAUGGUGUUUUUCAUAAACCAACCUGUUCUUAAAUCUUCUAAUUUUCUGAUUUUUUAACAGAAGUCAGAGUUAAAUAAAUUGGUCUUGUCCAAGAUUUAAGAAGAGAUUGUUUUUUUUGUUUUUUUCAAAAACACCUUUUCAAUGUCUUCUGUGAAGACCAUUAUUACACUAUUUCUGUAUUGCUUUGUGAUUUCUUGAUGAUUAUUCUUUCUUAUCUCCUCAAGGCAGGUUUCUAUUAAAAUAUUGAAAUUUCAAUAAAGUGAUUAUAAUUUUUGUA